GGGCGCUGGCACACUUGGACUCCGGGCGGCAGCCAUUGAAAAACAAAAUCAAAAGAAGUCGAGGAGUUGCGGAAAGAAACAGGAAGAAGGAGAAGAAGAAGAAGAAGACAAUAUCGGCACCACAAUGACUUCGACCCGGAGACUAGCCAAGGAGCUGGAAGACAUCCGUAAAACUGGAAUUAAGCAUUUCCGCAACAUUCAAGUGGAUGAAUCAAAUAUUUUGAACUGGCAAGGCGUCAUUGUUCCUGAUUGUCCACCAUAUGACAAGGGAGCAUUUCGUAUCGAGAUCAUCUUCCCCGCGGAGUACCCCUUCAAGCCACCAAAGAUUACGUUCAAGACAAAAAUCUACCAUCCCAACAUCGACGAGAAGGGCCAAGUCUGCCUGUCCAUCAUCAGCGUCGAGAACUGGAAGCCCGCCACAAAAACUGACCAAGUGAUUCAGAAUCUCAUUGCUCUGGUGAACACCCCUCAGCCGGAGCAUCCGCUGAGGGCCGACCUGGCAGAGGAAUACAGUAAAGACCGAGCGAAAUUCAUGAAGAAUGCUGAGGAGUUUACAAAGAAACACAGUGAAAAGCGACCUGUUGACUGACGCUCACGGCUGUUGGCCUCCUUUCUGUUUCCUGUUCAAAGAGCCCACCCUGACUCUCUGUUCUUAUCCCCCAAACCACACCACAGACAUGCCCUGUUCUCGUGUACCUGCAUUGUUUAAGCACUCUCCAAACGAUCCUUAAUAGAGGCUUGUGUUUCUGUUUCACUUUGCCAAAAACAAAGAAACAAAAACGGGACUUUUUGGUGAAUAGGCAGGCUCUGGCCUCUAGGUGUCACCUUUUAUUUUGGUUGUUUUGACUUCUUUCUACAGAUUUCUUUUUAGAAAAAAAUAAGAAAAUUGUCAGAGGUGGCAUCCUGGAAAGUAAAAUAUCAGUAAAAAAAUAAAGUGCUGUUCUGCUAACUUAAAUGUUGAAUGUUUUUUCUCAGAUUAAUCAUUAGUUUAUGCAGACCUAUUUACAGAUUAAGCUUUGUUUUCAAAAGUUAACACAAAUGCAGAGCAUCUAAUACGGUCAUCUCCUCUUUCUUUUCCUUCUGUUCCCCCUUAAGAUACACUGUACUUUGUGAAAUCACCUGUUGCAGUAAUAUGAAAAUUAAGUUUGUUACUGACGCUGAAUUCCACAUGUAAACAGAAAUUUAUAAAAAUGCAACAACAUUCAUGUGUCCUUGAAAUGUUUUUGUAUUUUGAGAUGUUUGAAAGGGAAAAAAAGUCUACAAUUAAAAUCUUUCCACCUCUGUUUGGCCUCGCAGGAAUGUGAGGAGUUUUUGAGCUAGUGUGCGUCUGGAUGUCAGACAUAGUUCUGCAGGCACUUCACAAUUUCUUUCCUUAUAUUUGUUUCUCUUUAAACACGUUCAAACACAAACCACUAAACAGACAAACUGCAACCUUGGCUUGAAAAUCGGCACACGAUUGGACCAACGCCUGUUCAUCUCAUCACAAUGCUGGCAACACUUUUAAACAAAGAACAAGACAUACAAAGCAGUGAUUGGUUCUGGCACUGCAUAAUGUUUUCAGCUUCUCUAAUUGGCUUUUCCUCUAUAAGUGAACACAACGCCAUUAGCCAGUUAAUAUAUUCUGAUAGCUGACGAAUCAUAGCACACCAGCAGACUUUAGGCAAAUACACACACAAGGAAUUACAUCCAACUGUAGAUGGAGGACAGCAGAUCAUUAAUGAAUAAAGACUUGUGAUGGAUGCUUAA